AUGGUUCCUGAGUGCCUCAAGUCGUCCACCAUCAUUCCAGUACCUAAGAAGACAUCCAUCACCUGCCAGAAUGACUACCAGCCUGUUGUACUGACCCCAGCCAGGUGUCUCCUUUUGGAGCUAAAAGAUGGCGAGCUAAGGAACAUUCGGCUGGGAGCCAAACAACCUUUGCAUCAUUACAGCAUCACAGCCCUGCUGGCCUGGAGGACAAGCACACCUUCCACAGUAUGUGUUUUAUUGUAUGUUUUCCUCGGCUCAUUGUCUGUUGUCACAAUAUGUGGAAACCUUCUUGUAAUAAUCUCCAUCAUUUACUUCAAACAGCUCCACACUCCUACAAACUCUCUCAUCCUUUCCUUGGCAGUAGCUGACCUGCUUGUUGGGCUUGUAGUUUUUCCUUUCAACAUGGAAUUCUCUGUUAGUUCAUGUGUGCUCUCUGAAGAGUUAUUUUGCAAAGUACGAGAGAGCUUUGAUGUAGCACUGAGCACAGCCUCCAUUUUGAAUUUGUGUUGCAUUUCUAUUGACAGAUAUUAUGCAGUGUGUCACCCUCUGACAUAUAGAACGAAGAUAAAUGUUCAUGUUGUUGUUGUCAUGAUCGUGGUGAGCUGGAGUGUUUCUCUUUCAGUAGCAAUUUGCCUUGUAAUGGCAGGAUUUCAACAAGAUAGAUGUCAAGAAGAGUGUGUUAUUGAUGUUAUGCUUGAAAACAUUUUAGGACCCAUUUUCUCAUUUCACCUCCCAGUGAUUUUAAUGCUCUGUAUCUACCUGAAGAUUUUCCUUGUUGCACAGAGACAGGUACGCAGCAUCCAGGGAACAAAGUCUGGAGCCACUGCCAGUAAGAUGGAGAGAAAAGCCACUAAAACUCUGGCAACUGUAAUGGGAGUGUUUCUGAUGUGCUGGUCUCCUUUAUUUCUCUGUAUUUCCUUUCAGCUUUUGAAUCAUGUGUCAGUGUCAUUUGCUGUGAUUGAAAGUCUUAACUGGCUUGCACUCUCAAACUCAAUGCUCAACCCAUUUAUUUAUGCUUUCUUUUACAGCUGGUUCAGAUCAGCUUUCAGAUUGAUCAUAUCAAGAAAAAUAUUUCAAGGUGAUUUUUCUGACUCAAAACUGCUUUGA